AUGGAUUUACUAAGUGGUCGCAAAGCAAAUGAGAUUUUUGAAGGGCAAGUUCAUGUUUACAAACAUAUAUUUGCUUACUUAGAUUCUAUGUGCCUUAAAUGGUGCAUUGAGUUAGAAAUACCAACCAUAAUCUACAACCAUGAAAAACCCAUCACCCUUCAUGAAUUGAUCUCAAUUUUACAAGUUCCACCAUCCAAAAUUAGUGGUGUGGAACGUCUUAUGCGCCACCUAAGUCACAAUGGAUUCUUUGAUAUUGUAACAAUCCAUGAUGAUGAUGGUGGUGAUGAAAACAAAGAAGAAAAAGAAGCAUAUGCUCUCACUAUUGCUUCUGAGCUUCUUGUUAAAGGCACUGAAUAUUGUUUAACUCCAAUGGCUAAGUGUUCUCUUGAUCCAUCUGUGUCAAGUUCUUAUAACUUACUAGGAAAAUGGACUUUAGAAGAAAAUCUUACUUUAUCUGAAAUUUCCCUUGGAACAAAUCUUUGGAACUUUCUUAGCAAAAACCCUUCAAUUUUGACAUCCUUUAAUGAGUCAAUGGCUAGUGACUCUCAAAUGGUGAAGUUGGCAUUGAAAGAUCAUAGUGCUGUUUUUGAAGGGUUGGAAUCCAUUGUAGAUGUUGGUGGUGGAAAUGGAACCAUAUCUAAGAUUAUUAGUGACAUGUUUCCCAAAUUGAAGUGCAUAGUGUUUGACCUUCCACAUGUUGUGGAGAAUUUUUCAGGAACCAGCAGCAACAAUUUGAGCUUUAUUGGUGGAGACAUGUUCAAUUUUAUACCUGAGGCUGAUGCUGUUCUACUUAAGUGGAUUCUACAUGAUUGGGAUGAUGAACAAUGUGUAAAGAUAUUGAAGAAAUGCAAAGAUGCAAUUUCAAAGAACACUAAAGGAGGAAAAGCAAUUAUCAUAGAUUUUGUGAUAAAUGAAAAACAAGAUGAAUUUGGACUUACUCAAAUGAAGCUCAGAAUGGAUAUUGCCAUGACAAGUAUGAAUGGAAAGGAGAGAAGUGAAGAGGAAUUCAAGAAGCUUUUUUUGGAAGCAGGCUUUGAGGAUUAUAAAAUAUUUCCUUUAACCGGAAUGUAUUCUCUUAUUGUGGUUUUUUCUUAG